CGUCCCACCCAAUGCGGCUAUGAAAUCUCCCCCGCAGUCUACCGCAGCCGCAGCCGCGCCGCAGUGCUGCCUCCGCGCCGUAGCUUAGCGCCACCGCCGACGCCCCCUCCGCCUCCCGCGCGCGUCGCCGCUCCCGUUCCAACCUCACCGGCAUCGCGAUCUUGGAUAUUCGUUUCUGAGGAACAUUAGAAGAAGCAUUAAACCCCAAGGAUGCGGAGGUUCAAUCCCUUUGGGGGGAAAGCGCAGGCUGGAUUGGAUGGCCGCACCAUCGAUGUAAAAAACGUGAAGAUCACGGUGCGCAAUGCCAUCGCGCAGGGAGGGUUCUCCUGCGUGUAUCUUGCAUGCGAUGCGCUGCACUCGUCAAAGCAGUAUGCGCUGAAGCACAUCAUUUGCAAUGAUUCCGAAUCGCUUGAUCUUGUCAUGAAGGAGAUCCAGGUGAUGAAUCUCCUCAAAGGGCAUGCCAAUGUUGUCACACUGGUUGCCCAUGAUGUUUUUGACAUGGGCCGCACAAAGGAGGCGCUGCUUCUGAUGGAGUUCUGCGAAAAGUCCCUGGUGAGUGCAAUGGAGAGCAGAGGUACUGGUUACUAUGAGGAGAAGAAGGCGCUUUUGAUAUUCCGAGAUGUUUGCAAUGCGGUUUUCGCUAUGCAUGGGCAGUCACCACCAAUUGCGCAUAGGGAUCUGAAAGCUGAAAAUGUUCUUCUUGGACUAGAUGGUGCAUGGAAACUAUGUGAUUUUGGAAGCACAUCAACAAAUCAUAAAUGCUUUGACAAGCCAGAAGAUAGGGGGAUUGAAGAAGAUAUCAUUAGGAAACAUACAACGCCUGCAUAUAGAGCCCCUGAGAUGUGGGAUCUCUACAGAAGGGAAGUCAUUAGUGAGAAAGUCGACAUUUGGGCCCUGGGAUGCCUUCUCUAUAGAAUAUGCUACUUCAAAUCUGCAUUUGAUGGAGAGUCGAAGUUGCAGGUCCUUAAUGGCAACUAUCGCAUUCCAGAGCAACCGAAGUACAGCACUAGUGUCACAGGGCUGAUCAAAGAUAUGCUGGAAGCCUCUCCAAAUGCCAGACCAGAUAUCACGCAGGUCUGGUUUCGUGUUAAUGAACUACUGCCUCCCGAGUUACAGAAAAGUUUACCUGAUGGGGCCUCAGCAGCCAUUUCUAUGGGCUUGCAAGAUGAAGGUGCUUAUAAAAGAACACAUGUGGCGCCUAAAAGGAGCCCCCCUCCGCCUCCAAGAGGACAAACUGAUAGUUCAUCAUCUCAUGGAAGUGCAAAUGCAGCAGAUGCACCUCUAGGUGCAUUCUGGGCGACACAACAUGCACAGGGCUCUCAAGUUGCUGAUAAUAAGAAGCAUAUGUUCAACGAGGAACCAAUUAAACCAUCGCCUUCAUCAAAGUAUAACCAAAGCAGGGUGGAUAUCAGCAGCAGUACCCCUGGAGAUAGGCAUGGUCAUUCUGGCCAGGCUUUGCGAAAUACAACAAGUAACAUUGUUUCCAGUAAUGGACUUAUGGGUGGUUCGGACACAAAUCUUUUCAUGGAACCACAAAGUUCUGUAAAAAAUAAAGCAUCACAAUCACAAAGCAAGACAAUAUCUGGGAAAGAUCCCUUCAACAGUUUUGUCGCAGACUUUGAUGCAAACAAUCUGCAUUUGGGGACCGCUGCUACUGGUAAGACGUCUGAGCUUGAAGCUGAAGUGUCCAAUCUGAAGGAGCAGUUGAAGAAAACCACACUGGAGAAGGCUGAGAUGACGGCCAAGUAUGAAAAGCUGUCAGCAAUCUGCCGCUCUCAGCGUCAGGAAAUCCAAGAGCUGAAGCGCACUGUUGCUGAGACAACACCGCCACCUUCAAGUAAAGUCAGCUCAAGGAUACCAGAAUUUGGAUCUCAGCGAAAGGAGAAGAUCGAAGGGACGGUGUGGGAGCUUGAGCAAGGGAUGCUUGCAGGCAACUCGUCGUUACCCAGCUCCGAGGCAAAGACAUGGCAGGCAUUCCCAGAGGCAAAGGCUCAGGCCAGGCCAAAGGUCGACCAUGCAACCAAUGGGAGGCAAAACUUGACGAGGACCACAAAUGCAGGGCCUUCCCCUGAUGCCUGGGGUUUCAGCACAUCAUCGGGGAGUACUGCUGCUGCAGCACAGAUCAACAGAACAAGUGCUCAGGGGAGUUCCUCCCAGAGAUUCAGCACCGGGGUAGCGAAGAAAGUAGAUCAGCCAUCAGGAUGGGCUGGAUUCUAGCUUCUCAUCAUUGUGCGGUAAUCUCGAUUCUCCGGGUUCUGUUUGCACACUGUCCUGUGCUGGUGCUACUGCCAAUUGCGAAGGAUGAGAUGGGUCGUGAUUCUUGCCUGCUGAAAAUUGGUUUAUUUUAACUCUGUCCAUAGUUGGCUGAGCCGACCUGGACAUCGGUUUUCUGGGGUCGUUUGUCAUUAACUUGUUAAUAAAUCUAUAUGUUUAUAGGUGUAUAUUUACGUGUACCUUGUAUGACCAUGUGGAAUUAUGGAAACAUCCCCUUUAACUUCUUUGUGUUGA